UUAACGGGUGGGGCUUCGGUUCCCCUAGCGACCCGCUGUGUUGUUGCUGCCGCCGCCUGUGCCCGGCGCUAUGAGCGGCCUGGGGCUGGGUCGGGUGGCGGAUGAGGCUGCGGCGGCCGCCGCCCUGGAGCGACGACGGCAGCGGGAGCUGCAGCGGCAGAGCCGCGUCUUCAACGCGCGGUUCCGGACCAUAGGGGUUGAUAAAGAUGCAUUGGAUGCCCAGAUCAAAGACAGGAAAAUUCAAGAAGCAGCUGAAAAAGCACGAAAUGAAGAACUUGCUAAUGAAAUUAAGCAAAAUGACAAGAUAAUGUGUAUAUUAGAAGAACAACAGAAAUACGGUAUCAGAAACAUAAAUAAGGCUGUGAGUGACUUUCAGAAGAAUUUUCAGAAGCCAGAAACAAGACAUGAAUUUGACUUGUCUGAUCCCCAAGCCCUAAAGAAGGAUAGACCUGCUCGACUUUCAGACUAUGAUCCUCGAUGUACUGUAUCUGGCUUGCAGAAGUUUAUGGGUGAAGACUUAAACUAUUCUCUGAGGAUGAAAUUUCAAAAGGAGCAGUUAAGAGAGUGGUCUCUUCAGCAACAGAGAGACUGGAAGAAUACACUAGCUGAUAAAAAAAUUUUAGAUGAUCUUCAUGACAAGAAUAGGAUUGAACUUGACCGAAAGACUAUGGAGCAACAACGAACAGAAGAAGAAACCCGUCGUGCUGUCUGUGCAGCUACUAAAGAAUUCAACAGAAAACAAGCUGCUGAACUAGCUGAGAGAAAGAAGCUGGAAAAACAUCAAAAAAUGAAAGAUGACAUGGAUGAGAUUUUCAGCCUCCUUCAGGGAGACUUACUUUCUGAAAACCCUGAGCAAGCCAUCAGUUCCUUUGGUAGGCAUCGUGUGAUUACAGAUCGGUGGAAGGGAAUGAAUCAGGAUCAGCUGAUGGCAAUCCGUUCAUCUCAACAGCAACAAGUUCUGGAGAAGAUGAGACUAAAAGAGGAAGAACACAGGAGAGAUGCUGAAUGGGAUAGGCAAAGUAUACUGGCUGCAAGAGCAUGGUUGAUUUUAGAGCAGCAUCAACAACGGCAGAGUUGGGAACGCAGCCAAGCUCUGGAUAGCAUAAAUGCAGAGCUAUCCCAAGAGCAAAAAUCAAAGAAAAUUUAUCUUAAAGAAGAAGAAUAUUCAAAUGUCCCAACAAGCCAGUACUUUGCACAGUUUAAUACAACCAGUCGAUGACAUCCUAGAUACAUCAAUCUGAAAUAUAUAGAAGUAUGUAGACUUAUUAAAUUUUUUAACUGAGCAGUCCUUCUUCAUGUUGCUGCUGCUGCUCUUUAUUUUUAUGUACUCCCUAUGCUGCUUAAACAGUGCACUUGAACUAGAGGACAGCCUGUUAGGCUACAUUUGUGCCAGGAAGAGGAAAACACUAAUAAUUUUUAAACAAUAUUGUUUUUCUAAAAAGUUAUAGUUGAUUCUGUAAUUAGGUUGUUUGACCAUUGUGUCUGAGGCUUAACUGUAAUACUUGCUAUAUCUAUGUAUUUAGAAAUUUUUGGAAUUUCUGGAAAGAAAUCACAAUUUAAAAUGUAAUGUUACUUGAGGCAGCAUGGUCAGAGAGAAUGGUGCCUGACAUAGAUCAUAGAGAUCACAGGUGACAGAAACUUAGCCACAUUUUAUGGGAGGGAAGAAAGAUGGCUUAGGUAGAAAGUUGUAGGGCUUUUGUUUUGUUUUGUUUUGUUUUAAAUUGGAAAAAAAAUGAAAUGAGGAAGAAAUGGACAAGGUGAUCAGAAGUGCAGAGGACAAGGUGAUCCUGAAUAGCAGAAACAAGAAGAAAAAAUGUGUAUGUUUACCUAGGUGAUUAUAGCAGUGAGGUAUGUCACAGAAAUGUAAUGAAUUACAUUAAGUGGGGGAAAGUAUUUCUACAUACACCAUCACUCAUUAGAUAUAAUGGAGAAAACUAAGGGGCAAUGUGCUUGUAAGGGAAAGUGUAGGGAGAGCUUAAAUUGUGAAGAAAGAGUGGGGGGAAGUAGGCAUGCACCAAACAAAACCAAGGAGUAAAAGUUCUCUGUGUGUAGGGUAAUUCAUGGAAACAAUUUGUUUGCCUUAUGGUUAAAUAAUUGUCUUACUGAUUGAAGAGCCAGGCACUGGUAUUUGAAAAAUGGGGAAGUGAAACACAUGGGAAGAAUAUAUGGAGAUGCAAGGUAAGUAACUACAUAAGAUAAAUGGAUAUGGAAAUAUCCAAAAAAAUGAAAUACAUGAGGGGAAGAGAUGAUGUGCAAAAGACUGGAAAGAGAAUUAGAAGUCAAUGAUCUAAAGUAGUAGAAAGAAUGAAAGACAGACAGAUAGUCAGAUGAACAUUUAAGACCAUUAAGAGAUUGUGUGUUCUAAAUAAAAACAGAGGCUGUUUAUGAGAGUUAGUCUUGAAAUAAGUAUGUGUAGCUUGCAUGAAUCUUGGGGUAGAAGCAUCCUGAUGAUAUUGGCACAGAGUCCACUGAUUCUUCUUUGUAUCAAGAUAAGUGAUAACUUCAAAUUCUGGUGAAACAGGUUGAAGAUGACUCCACCAUGCUAAUUAGGAAAGAUGUUUAAAGAAACUGAGUCAGAGAUAAACUCUCAUCUUUGUGAAAAUACUAUCUACCAAGGUUCUCAAGGUAGAUAGUAUUAGAAGGAUUUUGAGAUGUUUAAGGAAGCAUUCCUUGAAAGGACUCCUCAAACAGGUCUGUUUGCUUAGCUGAAAUUGUGGCCCCAUGGGAUCAGGCUAAUACAACUAUUUACUGUUUUGAGUCAUGCAAUAACAGUAGUUGGGAAAAGUCUGUUGUGUUUAAUCCCACUAGGUAGAGAGGUGAAAGAAAAUCAAGUAUAACAAGGAAAUGAGUAAAGAAAUGUCUCAGUACACAAUAACCCAUAGCAAGAAGAAAUGUCCUCAUGUUAGUUUAUUAAAACAACUGAAACUAAUUGUGAUAUAGAUAGAAAUGAGACAGAAAAGGGGUGUGGCUAGAAAACAGGAACUGAAAAUGUGCUAUUCAGGAAAGUUGGUAGAUGAGGGGGAACACACUGCACUGUUAAUGAUGAGAUUGACGUAUAAGAUUUAAGAAGGGAUGGGGUGUUCAAGAGAUGCUAAUAUGACAGCAUUUGAAAAUUCAUUUGUCAGGCUGGGUUUCAGACAUGGCUAGCUAUCUUUGUAUUAUUACCAAGUACUGUAGCGUAUUAAGUUACCAAACCAGGGAGUUGAUCUGGUUGUUUUAAAAUAGAAAGGCCACCAAAUGGGGUGGGAGGCCAAGACAAUAGUUUUCAUUUAACUAAAGUUUUUUCUUGAUCUGU